UGAAUACUUGUGUGUUGCGACGUUCAGGAAGAGAAGAAUAAACUACAGUACACUACAGGGAAGGGAAGCAGAGACGUAAAUAUUGCAGGCAGCCGGCAGGAGAAGGAGAGCCCCGUUGACAGGUGAAAGUUUGCACGGAGGCAGCUGUGGCUGACCCCCCCACAGGGAGCGACCAUGAACAGGGACAUCCCUAUCCACAGCUGGCCCGGCUCAUAUUACAUCAACAGCGAGAAGCGUUGGGUGCCUGGCACGCUCUCAUUGACCCGCAGCACGCUACGCUUUGCGUCCGACAAGGCCGAGGGCAGCCUGGCCAGCAUCCGCCUGUCCCGCAUCAUGGAGAUCAAGAUGGAGAACUCUAGCUUCAUCUUCAGCACCCUCACCGUGCUGGAGGAAGGCAACAUCAAACACUGGUUCGGCUCCCUGCGGCCCAACCGGGUCGUUGUUUACAAUGUGCUGGAGCACUUCUGGAGGGAGCGCCUGCUGUCCCCUACUGGGGUGCCAAGCGCUGCAUCACAGCCGACAAAGGGAAGGGAGCUCAUUGGCUUGGUGUCCGGGGCCCAGCGGAGGCUGGAGGAUGCAGGGAAGGUCCUCACCCAUCAGGGGGAGCAGUUUGACAACAUCAUGCAGGGCCUGGACAAGAUCGAGUCUGAUUUGGGAGUGGCAGACAAGUUGCUCUCAGAACUGGAGUCCCCACCCUGGUGGCCUUUCGGCAAACUACCUUGGAGGAGCCAGCAGGAGGCUAAGAGUGAGGAGACUGCAAAGGCCCAGGCCUCGGCCUGCAGCACCAAGGGGCCUGGUAGGCAGGGGGUCAUUGUCAGCAUCCCAGCCAUCGUGGCCAAAGGCAGGGACCAGGACCUGAGGCCCGGCUCCCUAACUGUGCUGGUGUCGUCGCUGGAGGUGCGCGAAAGUGGGGGCCGACUGCUGCACUGCUUCGAGAGGGCAGACGUGGAUGACAUCCGUGUGCACAGCCCCUAUGAGCUAAGUGUGCGCCAGCGCUUCAUCGGCCGACCUGAUGUGUGCUACCGCCUGCUGUCUGCCAGGAUGCCUGAGGCACUCUCUGUGCUCGAGAUGCAGUACAAGAAGAAGGUGGAGUUCAUGCCCGAGUACUCGGCCUUCCAGACUACCCCGGCUGCGUCCCCCUGCGAUCCUGAAGCGGGCGGCUCUGUGUGGAGCGCAGCGACUGGCCUUCUGCAGCGCUGCCAGGGGACGGAGGUUCCCGUGCCAGUGCCCGCUGGUGAGCUGACCCAGCUGCAGGUGAAGGUCCUGCAGCCCACCGUCACUGAGGCAGAGGCCCAGGAGCUGAGGCAGGAUUUCUACCAUAAACGUGCAUGUAGCUGAAAGGUGCAAGUCCCCUCAGACAGAUCAGGUCGGCCCGAGCUCCCUGCCCAAUGAGGUAAACGUGGUGCGGAAAUGUGGUAAUGUUGCUCCAAGCUGCCGGUGAUGUUUGCCAUGGGCUGCUGCAGAGAGCGGCUAAGAGCACAAACAUGCUGUCAGAUACACUGCCCAUGUGUUUAACAGUGCAUUUCAACAAGAGCAGAAUCAUAAAUACAUAUGAUCCUCAGAAAGGAUCAGUUCUUACACAUCAGAAGAAGGAAAGCGGCACCAUGUUUGUUCUCAGUUAAUUUUUGUUGGCCACGUGUAGGUUCUGGCUGCUUAACAUUUUUUUCUCCUUUUAAUUCUUUUCUGUAUUAAGCACAGAGGGGAGUCUGACAGGGCAGAACAAUGCAUUGUAUGUUACUCUGCUCAAAUUAUUGUUUUUCUGCCUGAUGCUUUUUUCCAGGGUAACUAAACACUGA